AUGGGUGGAGCACUCUGGGAUGAUAUAGAUAAAGGGACACCCAAGGAGGAAGUCGUCAUUUCCAUCUCGCUAGCUAAGAAGGCAGAAGACGGGUUCAUGAAUGUCCCAGAAGUAAAACCUGUGGAUACUGGGGAUGUGAACGCCAGAGCUAAUCAAGAAGGGAUGGGGCGAGAAUUCACUGCACCCGGAGAUUCUGGCAUUCAGACGGCAAAGCGGUUAUGCGAAGUGGCGCAUAUGCUCCUUUUCAAUGUACAUGGCUAA